AUGGGCAGGAUCUUGAUUUUAGCCACCCUUUCCCUUUUCUUGCUGUCCACUUGUCAUGCCGACCUCAUAUCCGAUGUCUGCUCUGCAUCCAUAUACUCUGCUUUCUGCUACCGAACCCUAAGAUCCGACCCGGCCGCCCGUGCAGCAAAGGACCUCAUAACUCUCGGCACAGUCGUGGCCGGGAAGGGCAAAGUCGCCUCUCAUGACGUUUACGUCAUCUCAAAGUCGAUUGGCGGCCCAGGAGCUGACACGUGCGUCGAGGUCAGCGUUGAUGCCAUAGAUUUUCUCGACGAGGUGUUGGGUUACUUGAGAAUGCCCGGGAGCGGGACAAAGGAUGAUCUUCUGACCAAGGGCUCGGCGGCUUUGAGUGAUUUGUACACUUGUGAGGAGGAUUUUGGCCGCCGUGAGCCGGGAAAGCUGAAAGCGGCCAACGCCAAGGCCAAGAGUCUCGAUGUGUUGAGCUUAAGUGGACUCGCGUGUUACGUAAUCUUAUACUUCGUGAAAAAUAAUGCUUGGAGGCCCGGCAGGGUAGCCGUCGGGGAUCUCCAGACCAAGGCCUCGGCGGCGUUGUCCGACGUGGCGACCUGUGACGAUGAGUACGAAGGCAGUGGUCGGCCGGAGCCGGCUAAGCUGAAGGCGGCCACGGCCAAGGCGCAAGGGAUUAUUAGUAUACUGCUGGUUAUCGCUAACCAGUUGUGA